AUGGCUCGAAUCCCUGGACGAUCUCUGGGACCCUCGCCAAACGCCCUCGAACCGUCUUGUCUCCCCCAGCUUCGGCUCCGCCACAAUCGCCGGACCUCUCACCGUCACCGUCCCCGCGCCUGUCGCCAACAAGCUUCGAGUUGCCCGCACCUUCCGUCCCUCUUCCGUCCGACAGCCUCACCAACACAAACACACAGCAAGACCCCUUCACCUGGCCGCCGGUAUCGGAGAUUGGACUCGAGCCCGAAGACGAGGCAGUGA